UUAUUUGAAAGAGAUCUUUGUGUCCUACAGUUUGGCAAUACUUUGAAAUAUACCUCUCCGAAAGUAGUUUCGGGUGAUUGUGAGUUGUUGUAUAAACUUAGCGUGUGAUAUGGCUGGAGUCAUGAAGGAAUUCAAAAGUAGCAGUUAUAUGUCUCAAGAAUCUAUUAAAAUAAUUGCUGAAUCAGUUGGAAUAUCAAAUAUAUCAGAUGAAGCUGCUAAAUUACUCGCUGAUGAUAUAAGCUACAGAAUGAAAAUGAUGAUCCAGGAUGCAAAGAAAUUUAUGGGCCAUGCUAAAAGAAAAAGGCUCAGUGUUGGAGACCUUGAUUACACACUGAAAGUUAAAAAUAUUGAGCCUCUGUAUGGGUUUUGUGCUCCUGAAUUUAUCCCAUUUCGGUUUGCCAGUGGUGGAGGUCGAGAAAUCUAUUUCAGUGAAGAAAAAGAAAUGGAGUUGAGUGAUGUUGUAGGAGCUCAGAUGCCUAAGCUUCCACUUGAUAUAUCUGUAAAAGCUCACUGGUUAAGUAUUGAAGGUGUACAGCCAACAAUUCCAGAAAAUCCACCUCCAGUUUCCAAGGAUCAGCAGAAGCUUGAAAGUAUGGAUCCAUCUGCUAAAAUACCAAAGAUUGGAUCCAGUCCUACAAAUAAAGGUUCUAAAGAAGAUAUUUCAAAACAUCUUGAAAUUGUACGUCUGAAACAACUUGCUACUCAUGAACUCUCAGUGGAGCAACAGCUGUAUUAUAAAGAAAUUACAGAAGCUUGUGUUGGUUCAGAUGAAUCUAGAAGAGCAGAAGCUUUGCAGAGUCUGGCAUCAGAUCCAGGAUUAUAUCAGAUGCUUCCUCGUCUAAGUCAAUUCAUUUCAGAAGGUGUAAAAGUUAAUGUUGUACAGAAUAACUUAGCCCUUUUGAUAUAUCUCAUGCGAAUGGUAAAAGCCUUGCUAGACAACCAGACUCUUUUCCUUGAAAAAUAUCUACAUGAAUUAAUUCCCUCAGUGUGUUCAUGCAUCGUUAGCAAGCAGUUAUGUACUAGGCCUGAUGUUGAUAAUCAUUGGGCACUAAGGGAUUUUGCAUCACGAUUAAUUGCACAAAUAGCAAAGAAUUUUAACACUACAACCAGCAAUGUACAAACCCGUGUCACAAGGAUGUUUAGUCGUGCUCUUGCAAAUGAAAAGAUGCCUUUAGCAUCACAUUAUGGAGCCAUAUCCGGGCUUUCGGAAUUAGGACCAGAAGUUGUUCGAACUUUUGUCAUACCUCGAGUGAAAGGAAUAGGAGAACGUAUAAGGCAAUGUUUAGAGGGUCCAAUGGCAAGUAGUGUAGAUAAAAGUGCAGCAGAACAUAUUAAGCAACUUAUAUUGAGAGUUCUGUCUCCUGUGUUAAAAUCAUGUAAUUUCAUUGGAGAUAAUUUAGAGGAUUAUAGGAAUGAAUUUGGAUAUUUAGGACCCUUUCUCCACAGCCAUGUUAUGAGAGCAAGGCAACAAGCUACUACUACUGCACCAGCACGGCCAUCAUUUACAGUCUCUCAGCCUCGUAUUCUUCCGACAAUUACAAGACCACCCACCAUAGUAGCAGUACCAAGAUCAGCCACAACAGCUGGAGUACCAUCUCCAACUGGUCCUAAAUAUGUAAUAGUUGCCAACAAUGCACGACCGGGUACACCUGUUUCAGCUGUCAGUCAAACUUCACCAACCACAUCAAAUGUGGUAAAUAAUUCAAAUCCAACCCUUGUGAAAAUAGUGACAACACCAUCUGUUUCUACAGUGCCUGGAAAAGCAGUAACAACUAAUUCUUCUUUAGCAAAACUUGUAGUUUUACAACCAUCUUCAAGUGAUUGUGACUCUUCUGUAAAUGUAAAAUCAGAACCCAAUACACCCAUCCAUAGUCGACCAGGAACACCUGAAGUAGCAGCAUAUGUUUCGGCAUCUGAUACAGCUGAACACAGCUGAAAUAUAAAAAGUGUAACUUGUAUAGUGAAGAGCAAGAAUCAUGACUGUAAAUAUGAAUGCUUUUUCGUAAUUAUCACAGGUGCCUUAUGUUCAUUCAGACUAUACAGAAACAAAAGCAAUAAUCUCCAAGAAAUUUUCAAUCUCCAAAUUAAGAUUUUUCUUUUAAUAUAUGAAUCCAUAUUAAGAAAGUUUGAUUUUUCGUUUUGCAGAGAAAAAAUUGUCAGGCAAGAUAGAUUUAUUGGUUAAGGAAUCUAAUUUUGUGCAAAUAUUACAAUUUUUGUAUGUUAAUUUUUGUUUAAUAUACAAUAAUAUAAAAUAAUGACUAUAUAUAUAUAUAACAUUGUUCAUUAUUUUAUAUACUUAUUCAAUCUAAUUGUGUGCAUAUAUUCCAAAUUUUUGUAUGUUGUUUUUAACAAAAUAUAAAAUAAUGUUUAUAUACUUAUUCAACAUGAUCAAUAAUUUAUGUAUAUAUUAUUUUAUAUACUUAUUCAAUAUGAUCAUUUCCUUUCAGCAUGUAUGCAUUUUGUUUUUGUAUUAUGCUAAAGUUAAAUGUGUGAAAAUUAUGUAAAUAUUUAUGUGUUUGUAUUAAAGUGUAUAUAGUGCACAACUUAUUUCUCUGAUAUUUAAAUAUUUGUGUUUCCUUAUUUGAUUUCAUGAUCACACUAAUACUUAUUGAUACUUUCUGAUAAUCCGCACCCCUUCUGAAAAGCUGUGAAAAAUAGAGGCAAGUCAUAUUGCCAAAAAGUAUUUUUGUGGUAAUCCAGGUUAUGUGUAGCAGAUAUUGAUUAGCAUUUUUUAUGAGUGUUUUGUUUUGUAUUAAGAAAAGAAACACUCAUACAAAAAAAAAAAAAAAAAAAAAACCCACCCACCCACCCCACCAUUUAGUUUUAUGUUGGAGUAUACGUGGAAGUUUCAACUGUAAUUGUGGCUGGUAUGCAAAGGCAAGUUUGUGCAUUUACCUCAAACCCCCUUUUUUUUUCAAGUGAAAAUUUAUUGGUAUACAUAGGAAGAACACAACAGAGGGGAGAAACCAAGUGUACUUGUCUCUUCUGCAGAAAAAAUAAAAUGAACAUAGAGAUAAUAACGUUAUUUCCCAAAGUCGUACGAGUUUACAAUUUUUUGUUGGGGGGAGAGGGGUUAAUCAGAAAGUAACAUUCAUUUUGUUCAAAUAUUGUUUAAAAUUUGGUGUAGUAAUGUUUGUAUAUAUUUUUUGCUCAUAAAUGAAUAUUAAGAAAAUAUUCUACCAAUUAAUAACAUUCACCUACCACCAUGUCCCCCUUAAAAAAAAAAGGAUUUCUUUACAUUUGUAACACAUACCUUCAUUAUUGCAUAUAAUUAUAUCAGGUCCUUGAAAAGUUCUGUGGUUUUUGAUCAUACAUACAAAAACAAAAUUUCAUUAGAUCAUUUUUUUAUUGUCUUUUUGCCACUAACAUGAUCUUUUUCUUGUAAUAUUAUUGUACAGCUUCCGCUUGUCAUCUCCAGUAGUCAGGCAUUUAAAAAGGGGGAGACUUAUUUGUUUUCAGCAAAGAAUCAUGAGCCGAAACUGGAGUAAGGAUAUUUUGCUGUGCUGAAGCAACCAUAUGUUUUAGUAGCUAAGAUACUCUGUGUUCUUCAAAUGAAUCACAUAUAAUAUUUUUAAAAAAUAUUUAGUCUGUCUGAUGGUUGUCCAAAACUGGCAUCAUAUUCAAAACUGAAAUUUCCAUGCCUAAACUUCUCAAACCACCUUCAAACUGCAUCAUUAGAAACCAUGCUUUAUCCAUGCAUAGCACAAAUAUUAGGAGUUAUAUGACUAGCAUUUUUUCUUAUUUUAAAGGAAAAGAGUUAUAUUAUGGCAAAAGGAACUUUUGGGUUCUGCAUUCUGAGCACUGCUCUGAAGCAAAAAUGAUGUCAGUUCUGUAACACGAGUAGAAAAGACUUACUUAAAAUUACAUUUCAAAUAAGGUCAUUCCUUAUCACAGUAAAAAAAUGAUUAGAGUAACACGUUUUGAUUUGAAAAACCGCAAAACUUGCUCAAUGACUCAAAAAGUUAAAAUGACAGUGUAUAUUUCACUCUAACAGUAAAGCCACCUAUGUGUGUAGCAUACUACUGUACAACUGUAUGAAGUGAAUACUGUUGAAUGAAAUUUUGCAUUUAUUAUAUCUUAAUAAAGAUUUAUUUUUCCUUUUCA